AUGCCCGACAAUGAGGGCCAGGAAACUCGACAACCCACAAAACCACUAUCUAUUGCAAUAUGCAGCUUUUCCUCGCAGUGGUUUCUUAUACCCCAAGGUACGGGUAUUAUCGCCGUUAUCCUCCAUCGAUUAGAUUAUCAGUUCGAUGGCUUGCAGGUCCUCUCUAGGAUAGUCUGGGUCUAUACGAUUGUCUUGCUGGCACUAUGCCUGUCCAUCUAUCUUGCACGAAUCGUCAUGUAUCCGCGUUGCGUCGCGCGUGCACUCCGGACAAGCAUGGUCGAGACAUCUUGCCUCGCCAGCAUCUCCAUCACCUUCACGACUAUUAUUCAGAUGAUCGCCUUGACUGUAGCUCAGGACUGGGGCGCAGGAUGGCCGAUGGCUUCAUACGUGCUAUGGUGGAUCAACACGGCCAUGGCGGUAAUUGCUGUCAUGGGCAUACCGUACAUCUUCAUCAAUCUCCAAUCCCCGGGGAUCAAAGCUAUUGUACCUUCCAUACUCCUCCCGCUAAUAUCCUCCUUGACCUCUGCUUCCGGUGGGGGCGUUGUGUGUGAAUAUAGCGGAGUCAGCGCCCGACUACAAGUUCCGAUUAUUAUUGUAGCAUACCUGGAAAUUGGUAUCAGCAUCCCCUUGGCCAUGGCCUUUGACGAUGUCUUUGUCGCCCGUCUCUUUGAACGGGAAUUCUUGCCCAUGAAUCAGGUCUAUCAAGAUAUGAUUCUUUGUGGUCCAUUUGGACAAGCCAGUUUCGCCCUCCUAGCUCUCGGUCGCGUGGUGCGCUCAGGGGCAUUCGCACAGUAUGACCGCGGGACCUUUUUGUCUGCUGAAGCAGCGAUCCCAAUUGGAUAUACCAGUCAGUUCGCCGGGUUGCUGUCUUGGGGAUACGGGACAUUUUGGUGGGGCUACGCCAUCUUAAGUAUUCUACAUACGGUCUUUAAGCAACCAGGAGGCUGGCGGAAAACGCGCUACUCACUGUCGGCAUGGUCGCUGGUGUUUCCGUGGGGUGUCUAUACCAAUGCGGCAGUGGAGCUCGGGAAGGCCAUGGAGUCUCCCGCAUUCAAGGUGUGGUCGACGGUGCUGCUUCUCUUGCUUCUCAUUAUAUGCAUUGUGAAUCACGUCCUUACUAUCAAAGGCUUGAUCACGGGGAAGAUCUGCUCACUUCAAUAUGGAUGGCGGGUAGGCCACUACCAGGCUGGUGAAGUUGACAAGCAGGUUUGA